AUGGCUAAGCAGUACGAUGUGCUCUUCCGACUCCUGCUCCUCGGAGAUUCUGGGGUUGGGAAAACAUGCUUGUUAUGCAGAUUCACGGACAACGAAUUUCACCCGUCUCACAUCUCCACAAUCGGAGUCGACUUCAAAAUGAAGACACUAGUAAUAGAUGGUAUCAAAGUACGGAUACAGAUAUGGGACACUGCAGGCCAAGAAAGAUACCAGACCAUCACUAAGCAGUACUACAGGCGAGCACAGGGAAUCUUCCUGGUGUAUGAUAUCACGAGUGAGCGAUCCUUCCAACACAUCAUGAAGUGGGCCAGUGAUGUGGAUGAGUACGCUCCUGAGAAGGUCCGUAAGAUCCUCGUAGGGAACAAGUCAGAUGAGGUGGACAAGAGGCAGGUGGCCACAGAGCAAGGUAUCAAGCUGGCCAAGGCUUACGGAAUGGACUUCUUUGAGACAAGUGCCUUCACCAACCAAAAUAUCACAGAGACUUUCACACGAUUGGCUGAACAGGUGCUGGCAGCCAACAAAAAGGACCUGGAUCUUCUCCGGAUGUCUGGAAAUGACGAGAUUAAUCUCGCUGCUCUGGAGGAAGAGGAAGGACUCUGUGACAGUGCGGCGGGCGAUCAAGGCAAAGGCUGCUGGUGUUAAAGAAACAAUUAAAAUCAGAUACUCUGUUAUCACCAGACACUUUGCACCCUCUAGGCAAAAUGUGUUUCUUUUUGUCGUUAGUUGAAACAAAGAGGAACAUUGAGCUGCAAUUUUAAAAACCUAACUAUGUUCCUCUGUUUCACGUGCCAGAAAUGCUAACGAGCCAUUUGAAAGCAGUUUCAAGGACAAAGAUGGAAACAUUUUUGCCUCACAGUGCCAAGUGUGUGGUGGAUUAACCAACUGAAGGUCCAAAUGUCAAGGUUUCCCUCAGUGGGACAGAAUGUUCAUUGUCUAAAGAACUAAUUCCUGCUCAGUUCAGUGUGUCUUGGAUGUAACCAACUACACAUCCAUGUCCUCUACAAAUUCUGCAAUUGACAUACAGUUGAAAGGACUUAACACAAAUAUAAGAUUGAUUCAUCGUUUCUUACAGAAUUUGUACAGUGUUCAGAUGUAGAAAAUGGGGAAUGACUUGGAAUUGUCCACCACUGACUUGAAACUUUUCACAAUGUUGUAUUUCGCAUUGUUUUCCAAGCGCUGUCUCUUGUAUUGAUCACAGGGCCGGUUGCCUCGCCAAUCAACAAUGUGAUCGAUUCCGUUUGGCCUUCGUCCACCCCUUCAGUGUUUUCCUUUUUAUGUUGGAAUCUACCCCCCUGCACUCAUAGCCUUUCUACUGUUGAAUGCAUUAGAGGUAGUGUGAGAAUUUGACCACAAGAGGGUGCUAUGUGCAUUGUGAAAACGGCACAAACACUGGAGAGUUGGCCUAUGUUAAAUUAUGCUAUUUUGCCCCUUUUUUCUUACGUGUUUGUUUUGGUUGUAAUUGCACGUGCAAUGACUACCUUUUAAAGCGAUGAAAGGAUUCUAAAUAUAUGCAGCAGUUUUAUUAUUUCCUUUUAUUGUUUUUAUGCAAAUAUUGGCUGAGUAAAUACGUUUUGCAGCUUGCAAUAUCAUCCAUGUAAGACCCCACAUACACAUCUGAUAAUGAUACCAGUACAAGUCGUUAACUGAGGGAAACUUUAAGAGCAGAAUGAUUCAAUUUCCCUGUAGCAAAAUUGAAGAUAUUUUUCAUUUUAUAGUCUUUGUUUAUUACGGAAAAUAUCAUAUAACACAGAUAGUUUGAUAACUGCCCAUUGCAUUGUACAUACCAGGUUUUUCAAAGCAUUGUAGAUUGGUGGACUUAUGAGGGUACAACAUUUAUUUAAUGUAUUAUUAGAGGGCUGUAUAAUGUAAAAAAGUCCACAGUGAUAUUCUGGUCCGAAAUAUUCCCUCUGUGAAGAUAAUAAUGUCUUGGUCAUUCUGUCCUUUUCUCGCUGUUUUGUACAGUCCAGUAGAGAUGCCAUUUACCCCCCCUCAGACUUAAAAAGGGACAAGUUAGGGUUUUGCAUGCGAUCCACCCUUCUUUCCUGUCUUUUAUUGCAACUUCAAUGAAGUUAAUCAUCAACUGACCAUAAAAGCAUAGCAUUU